GCCAACUUUUUCAGCAGGCCAUAAAGAUUGCCUGACCACUUGCUUAAAUCGUAGUUUCCUAUGAUAUUUCUCUACCCCUUGAAGUGUUCCUCUCCAUUAUAAACCCUACCUAGCCAGUCGCUUCCUCUUCUUCUUCAACUUCAAGCCUCCCUUCACCCCCCUCGGAAACUAAAAAUAAAAAUGGGGAUCUCCUUUGUUGCAGUGAAGAUGCCAAAAUGUUUUGGUCUCCAAUUUCUUCUAGAGUUCCUAACUUUCAUCAAGUUGUUGUUUCUAUUGACUCUCAGCAAUCUACUUAUGUCCAGGCCACUUCGACGACCUUAUAACACUGAUCUAGAUCAACAUCCCACAGAGGAUUAUGUUCUUGUAAUGGGUGAACUAAGUCCAUCACCGAUUCCAGUCCCAGUUUCCGUUCUAACAAGGCUGAUCAAGAAGAAGCUUCCAGUGAUGACAUUCAGCAGCUUGCUUGAAAGGUUAGUGAAGCUUGAAGAUGAUCACGAGAGCAUGUGUCCUGUCUGCUUGGAUUGUAUUCAGGAAAGAGAUGAAGUCAGAGAACUAUGCAACUGUUCUCAUGUGUUUCAUAUGAAGUGCCUGGAUAGUUGGGUGGAUCAAGGCCAGGUUACCUGCCCAACUUGCAGGUCCAUGCUGUUUCCAAAGAAAAUGGAAGCUGCUGAAAUGUUUAUAUUUGCUCAUGAUGAUUCUGCUAUGGUUGAGCAAGUUAGCUAAAGUUAUCUCCAUCUACAGCUCUGUAAAUGAACUUCCUCGAUCUAAUUUAUGAUACGCUCUUUGUUUCUGUGCU